GAAAACACAGAGGUCUUGGAAAGGAAUUAUAGUGAAUGCGUAUGACGGUAGGCAAAGGGGGGUCCAAGCAGAUAAAGAGCAGGCCCAAGCAGCGGCGCUGUGUCCUCAUCUGAGAGUCGAAGUUGUUGAAAGAGGAAGAGUAUAUAUUAACCAGAUCUGCAUAUACAGUCAUGGAUGAAUUGAAAAAGAAUAUGGCAAUCUUAACAUUGAAUUCACAUAUGAUUAGGAACGCCUUUGUAUUGGUCAUCGUAAAUCAAAAUUUCAGAUACAAUAAAAAACGCGAUGGCGCUCUCGCUGACAAAGAAAAUAUAGAGAAAUUUUGCCAUGAAAUGAAGUUUACUGUAAAUGACAUCAGCGACAUAAAACUGGAAGAUACCUCAGGCCUGAAAUUCGAUAAAAAAAAACAGCUAAUAACUGAUGAUCUCACGGCACGAGAAAUGAAGGAUCUUUUCCAGACUAUUUUAACGGGAGACUUCAGCUCCUAUGAUGCAUUUAUUUGUUUCAUAUCAAGUCAUGGAGUAAAAGAAGGGAUCUUAGGAGUUGAUGGAUAUCCGUUAGGAUUGAUUACCGUUAAAGAUAUCACCGAUCAAUUUACUAAAGGUAGUCGCACCUUAGCAGGUAAACCGAAAAUUUUCUUCACCCAGAAUUGCAGAGGAAGGCAAAAAAACAUUGGAAUACCACUUCAUGAAGAAGGUGAUGAUGGUCAUCGUGAAAAUCUGGUAGACAUGGAAAAUCACUUUGAUGAGACUCCAGUUACACUUCCCACCGGAGCUGAUAUGCUGGUUGCUUAUUCAACGGUUGAUGGUUACGAAUCAUAUAGAAGUACGGAAAAUGGGUCGUGGUUUAUCAUUAAAUUACUGGAGGUAUUAAAGAAACACGCACACAGCAUGAGUUUAACUGACAUGCUAGCUAUUGUUAACGACGAGAUUAGCAGAAUGGUAUCUCAACAGGGAAAGAAACAAAUGUCAUGUUUUACCAGCUUAUUGAGUAAGCCUGUCUAUUUCGAAAUCAAGUCCAGUGAAAUUCAACCAUCUGCUGAACCAUCCUCAGCUUUGAAAGAGGCCGAGUCCUCCUCUAAUAACCAAACAGCGGGUGUGUAGUGAGAAAUUCUGGCUUCCAGAAAAAUUAAAAUAAAA